UUCUUAUCACAUCUUUCGUCGUCUUUCAUCAAGCAGUCUUCCUUUAGUGUCACUCUAAACAGGAUUACCAAGAAAAGUAGAUAUAAGUAGAAGUGAGCCUCAGGUCUUUCCCAGUCGGAUCCAGAGCUUAAACGACCUUGCAUAACCUGUGUUGAGGAACGAGAUAAACAACGCAGACGAAACAUGGGAUCGUUAUGCAAUUUGUUAUCGAUUUAGAGUGAAUGUUAUACUGAGCUGGAAUCAUGGAAAACUUGCCAGAAAUGUCAAAUGGUAUGAGAAGUACUGAACUGGCUGUAGUUGUAGACAGUUCACAUAAUCUUGAUGGACAGGUGAUAGAAGAGCAGAUAAGUUCUGCAGACAAAAUCACAUAUGAGUCUGGAUCUGCUUCUCUGAAAUAUGUUUUUGAUUGCUGGCCUCCACAUGGUAUUGUUGGCAGGUGCUUGACAUGGACGCUAUUGGUUCUCCUGGGCUGGGGAGCUGCAAUUGCUAUUAUUGGCAUUUCAGCCCUUCCUGGUGGCAAUAUCUUCUCCCUUAUGUGUCUCUUCUGUAUUGCUGUGCUUGGAGGUCAGCUGGCCACACUAGCAAAGCUUCCCUCACUGAUGGGUAUGCUGGUGGUGGGCAUCCUCAGCAGUGUUCCUGGGAUCAACUAUGUGGGCAAUAAUAUAGAUAAAGAAUGGUCUUCUGCUCUUCGCAACAUUGCUCUGGUGGUGAUACUUCUCAGGGCUGGCCUUGGGCUUGACCCUGCAGCACUUAAGGAGCUGAGCUUCAUGGUGCUGAGACUUGCUUUCACACCAUGCAUUGUUGAAACUGUAACAGUGGCCACUGUUACACAUCUUUUGCUUGGCUUUCCAUGGCUUUGGGGGUUAAUGCUUGGGUUUAUAUUGUCAGCUGUAACACCAGCUGUGAUUGUCCCCUGCAUGAUAAAGCUUUCUGAGGAGGGUUAUGGCAUGGACAAAGGAAUCCCAACUCUAGUGAUUGCAGCAUCCAGCGUUGAUGAUGUACUAGCAAUUUCUGGUUUUGGAGUACUUAUGGGCAUUACUUUUGCAGAAGGAUCUCUAUGGUGGAUAAUCUUGAAAGGUCCCAUUGAAGUGGUGAUGGGCCUUGUGUAUGGACUUGGUGUUGGAGCCUUGUUUUGGGUCUUGCCAAAUAUUGAGGAAAGGAGUGCACAAAACUUAAGAUUUUUCUUGCUAGGAUGUGCAGGACUUCUGGCAGUCUUUGGAAGUCAGAUGGCGCAAUUUGGAGGAGCUGGAGCUCUUGGAUGUCUAGUCAUGGCCUUUGUGGCAGGUAUUGGAUGGAGGCGGCAGGGGAUGUCAGAGGACAAUAAUCCUGUGGAUGACAAGCUGUUGAUAAUGUGGGAACUUUUCCAGCCCUUCUUGUUUUCUCUUAUUGGGGCAGAAAUACAGGUCAGUGAACUAGACAUUGGUACUGUAGGAUGGGGUCUAGUGACACUUGCCAUUGGCCUUGUCUUCCGUAUGGCCACCUCAUUUCUGGUUGUGAUGGGUGGAAAUUUGAAUAUCAAAGAACGCAUAUUUGUGGCCCUGGCAUGGGUACCAAAGGCAACAGUACAGGCAGCCAUUGGCUCUCAAGCUCUUGAUUUUGCUGAGAAAUCUGGAGCAGGACCAGAGAUAGUGCGUCUGGGAGAACAGGUCUUAACUAUUACUGUUCUGGUGAUAUUGAUAACUGCACCUCUCGGUGCUGUUGCUAUCAUGCUAUCAGCUCCAAAGUUACUGUCAAAAGGGAAGACCAAGGAUACUCUAGAUUUACCGGAUGGCCUGCCUGAUCCCUGAGGACUCUUCUAAUAGAUCUUUCUUCAGUGUAGAGUAGGUUGAAAUAAGUGAUUAACACAGUCAUGUUAAAAGUGCAAUAUUUUCUCACACUGUCCCUAAUUACUUUUAAUCCCUUUUAGUAUGAUUUUAGGAAAUACAAAGUAGAUAAGUCUCGAAGUAUUAGGAGUAUAUUGGAGUAAUGCUUUGUGCUUAAGAUAAUGCAGUUGCCAGUUUCAAAGUAUGGAAGUGAAAUAUUGAAAUAAGAAACUCACAAUAAGAUUUUAGUUAUUUAUAGUACAUUCUUACAGAGUGAUGAGUUAAUAUAAACCCUCUCAUUACCUAAAGAGGAUAUUCUAUUUUAGUCAUAUUUCUUAAGCAUAAGAGAAGGUAUUUGUAGUUGAAUAAUGAUCAGUCAAAAGAAUUUAUUAUAUUUUUAAUGAAUUUUUGCUAUUUAUAAUUUGUAAUGAAAUCUGACAUUCUUGUAACUGCAUUUAUGAAUUUAAUGCAAAGGUUGGUCAUGUUUAUAAAAAAUUGUGUAUGAUAUACAUGAUGUAAGAUCCUAUUUUAACUUUUUUCCUUUAUUGUGAGUAGUUUACAAAGGUAUUAGAAAUGAAAAGAGACAAGAGAUUGUGCUGGUUCAUUGUAUAUAAGAAAUGUAUGAAUAAGUGCUUCAGUGUUUAAGUUCAUUUUGUUUUUUAGGUUUGGUAUUUUGCUCUUUAUAAUUGGUGGAGCUGAAGAAUCUGAUGGAAAAUGAAGUUUAAUAAAGUCAAUAGUAGUGAGGGUAUCACAAGCUAUGGUUGGGUGUGAAUAACGUGUUGCCAUUUAAUGCAACUUUUUUUACUACCGUUGAAGUCCAUGUGGCUGUAUUAUAAAAGCCGUAACAAGGGCAGAGAAGCCUUGAAAACAAUCAUAAUGUUAGUAAGUACAUAGGUACAUCCAAAUAUUAUGGUAUCUAUAUGGUUUAUAGAUUCAGUGGAUAUAUGUACUUGAAAGUAAUUGUAAUUGAAGAAGAGGUUAACACAUUUUUUGCAUAUGUGAUAACUUGGUUGGAUCUGUAAUUUCUGCUUUGUAUGUUAAAGUCUGCAUGUGAUGAUUAUAAAGAAACAAUUUUUGUAAAUUAAAUUAUUUCUGGUAUUGAGAGGAAGCCACAAUAUUUCAUGAGCUUUGCUUCUCAGUCAUUUUUAAGGAAAUGAAAAGCAUGGAAACUGAAAUAAGUAACAAAAGCAUUAUAUUUUUGUUUCUAGUGUUAGGAGCAAAAAUGGUGGUGAAAUUUUCAACUUUUGUGUUAUGGAGCAUACAAAGAGAGGAAAACGAGCAACUGCAGAAUUUGAAAUAUAGUGAAAUUCAGCAUUCAGUAAGUUUAGAUAAUACCUCAAAUUUGAAUAUGAUAUGGUAAAUAAAUGUUGUUUAAUUUU